AGAUGUUGGCGCACGAACGAGCGGGGUGUCGCCGCCAGCCGCGCUCAGUGCGGGGCGCGCUCAGAGCGGGGCGCGCAGGGAUCGUACGGAACCCUCUCGGUUCACUGGAGGCUCGAGCGCCCCCCGCCUUGGGAUUCAAAACCAAAUUAAUUUUCCCCGAGAAAUAGCUGGAGCGCAGUGGAACCCACUGAGCUGUCACUGACCUCUCUGGACGCUGUGUAAGGGUCCUUGCGGUGUCCAGCGCCGCGCAGAGCCAGGAGGGAGGCGGAAGGGCGGGGGGGGGGCGAGCCGUGCCUCACCGCGGGAGGAGCGAGCUGGAAUAGAUGGGCCAGGGGGAAAACCAUGUUUUUCCUCCCUCAGGGCUGUGAGGAAAGGCAGCGCCAACACUGAGAGUGGAGUGGGGGGAAAGAGCUUUGUUCCCUCAACUUUUCCAGACCAGUUUUGGUGUGCAGUGAGCCCUGGUGCGCGGGGGGCGCGCCGCGACCCUCGGCGGAGUUGGGAGGAUGAGCCGCGGUGCGGGCUGUGAUUCUGUGUACUGUGAUUCCCUCAUUCUCGCUUAUUGCGGUAAAACAUGCUGAGGAGACCUGUGGCAGUGUGAAGCAAGAAAUAUGGGAGAGCUGAUUGCAAGGAGAAGCCUGGCUUGUUUUCUGUUUUCCUUCACUGGCUAUCAUGAUUUACGAGGUGGAAACGCGAACAGCCGCCUCUGCUUCCCGGGACACAGGAAUGUGGUGAAGAUGCCUCCGAGAGUAGGGGCUGUAUCCUUAGAAGCGCCUUUUUGCCGGUGGGCACCAUUUACUCGCUAAAGGGAAGGGCUCAACAACCUGUGGUUAUUAGGUGGUAGCAGAGAGGGCAGGAACUCCGCCAUGGGGUACGACAAAAGCUGGAUGUUGAGGAAUGAAAGCGACCAUGCCCCGUACCAGGCUGUCACCAGAGCUCUGGAGAUGAGGAACGCCUCGGCCGAGCAGAUGGUGUGGCAGGGCGGGAACGUCAGCGAGGCCGGGGCCGUGGAGAGCGAGGAGCACGGCGAGGAGCGGGGCUACCGGCACUUCACCACCACCGUGCAGAUUGUCAUCUUCGUGGGCUCCUUGCUGGGUAACACCAUGGUGCUGUGGUCAACUUGCAGAACAUCGCUACUUAAAUCUGUAACAAGCCGAUUCAUUAAGAAUUUGGCCUGCUCGGGGAUCUGUGCCAGCCUAGUCUGUGUGCCUUUUGACAUUGCUCUUAGUGCCAGUCCACACUGCUGCUGGUGGAUCUAUACGAUGCUUUUCUGCAGAAUUGCCAAGUUUCUGCACAAAGUCUUCUGCUCAGUGACCAUCCUUAGUUUUCCAGCCAUUGCUCUUGACAGAUACUACUCUGUUUUAUACCCUCUGGAAAGAAAAAUAACUGAUGCAAAAUCCCGAGACCUGGUUAUCUAUAUCUGGGCCCAUGCAAUAGUGGCCAGCAUUCCAGUAUUUGUUGUGACCAAUGUGUUUGAUAUUUAUGCCAUGUCCACCUGUUCUGAAUCUUGGAGUUACUCCCUUGGCCACCUGAUAUAUGUCAUCAUCUAUAACAUCACCACUGUGAUUGUACCAGUGGCUGUGGUAUUUCUCUUUAUGAUUCUUAUUCGCAGAGCACUGAGUGCCAGCCAGAAGAAAAAAGUCAUCAUAGCUGCAUUAAGGACUCCUCAGAAUACAGUUUCUAUCCCAUAUGCCUCCCAGCGAGAAGCUGAACUUCAUGUCAUGCUGCUUUCUAUGGUUAUGAUCUUUAUUUUCUGCAGCGUCCCGUAUGUGACUUUGGUGAUUUAUCGCACCAUACUCAAUAUUUCAGAUAUUUCAGUCUUCUUGCUCCUCACUGCCAUUUGGUUGCCCAAGGUCUCUUUGCUGGCCAACCCUUUGUUAUUUUUAACUGUUAACAAAUCAGUACGGAAGUGCUUAGUGGGGACAAUAGUACAGCUGCACCGAAGGUUUAGCAGGAGAAACAUUGUCAGCUCAGGUGGUGUUGUGGAUGAUAAUCUGGAGCCCAAUGUGCAUUCGGGAAGCCAGCUUCUGGAGAUGUUUCAUAUCGGGCAACAACAAAUCUUCAAGCCAAUGGAAGAUGAGGAGAAUGAGACCAAAUCCAUUGGCUCUGGUGACUUGCAGCAGAAAGAAAUUCCUACCACCAGUUUAGAGAUAGGACAGUUUGGUUCACAGACAGUUGCAGACUCUGCAGCUCAGGUGGCCCCAGCUGUGCCCACAGAAGCUGAUCCGAUAAAUGACAAGUAUUCCAUGCAGUUUGGUUUUGGACCCUUUGAGUUGCCUCCACAGUGGCUCUCAGAAAACCGAAACAGUAAGAAGCGACUCCUGCCCCCUUUGGGGAAUACCCCUGAAGAGCUAAUCCAGACAAAACAGCCCAAGUGUAAAGCAGAGAGAAAGGUCAGCAGAAACAAUAAAGUCAGUAUCUUUCCCAAGGUGGAUUCUUAGUAAGAGCAGGAGCUUGAAGUGACAGAGGAAGGUCACUUUCUAUUAUAUAUGUGAUCCCAUGGAUCUUUAUUAUGUUGAAAUUUGUUUCAGGCUGAUUUUUUUCUUGUGCCAAAUAUAAUUUAAAUGAACAAACAAAAGGAAAAUGUAUAUAUAUACAAGUGUUCCUUAUUAAUAUGAAAUAUUUCAUGAAAAUAAUAUAUCAAAAUAUGGAAAUUCUUAAAUUUUAUCUCUGAAAUCCUUACAAUGAUACCUGUCUGAUUAAAUUUCAAAAAGUAUAUAUGGCUUUGGGAACUCUGUAUGGCUGAAUUAUGGAAAUACAUCAGUCAGUUUUCUGGGAAAUCUCAUGUUGUAUUAAAAUGGACUGGGUAUCAAAGUAACUUAAUAGGAAAGGCUGUAGAGAGCAGAAGACAUACAACAUGGGUAGUUCCUACUCUGGUGCAAAUAGACAUAGCAAGAUUCUGCAUAUUUCAUUAAUGAAGUAAAAGGGACUAUAAGUGCAUUUGUUUUCUGUUAAGCCCAUUUAUUCAAUCAGUGUUAAAGCUUACUGGAUUUUUUUGCACAAAUUAGUUACUAAGCAUCUGCCGAACAUCUAAAGUUUUUAAAAACCUAAACCACUGUUUUCUGGCAUAAAACUUCCACAAAGCCAAGGAUACCCAAAUCAUCACGUGUGUGAAACCUGAGAAAGACCUUUUUUGUAAAGACCCCAGAUAUAUUCUUGUAGUUUUAAAUAAAAACUGGAUUGGAGAUCAUGCAGGACAAAUCCUGACUCCAAUAAACAAGUAUGUAUGUGCCAAGGGCAUAAAUAGAACACUUUGAUCCUGUAAUAAAGGGCAUAUACAAAUGUUCCAACAGUGUAAUGUAUCCAUUGUGUAAGUAACAAAGGCACAAACCUUAAACUUACCUGCUGAUGCACUCUGCUGUUUUCUUAUGGGAAAGCCAGCAAAUGAAAGAAAUGCGUUUGAAAUGCUAGUAGCCUUUCUCUGAGUGUGACAAUCUUAGUUUCUCAGUGACAACUGAACUGGUGAGUGAAGAAGCUGGUAACAGACCUCUAAAGGCAAAGGUUUAUUAAUGCAGUUUCUCACAAUUGACAGAGGUAGAGAGGUUUUUCUUCUACCUUCACAGGUACAGAUACCAACCAUCCUGCUCCACUCAUCUCACGGAGUAGAUCACCCAGUGUAUGAACAUGAGACUUUCAAAUCUGGUGCCUGAUUCCUGAGUGAGCCACAGUCAUGCCAUCAGCACACCAGCCUUUCUGUGAGAACUCAGGCAUUGUGAUGCAGCUUGCCCCUCUUCAUAACCACAGGCAUAUUGUCUUGUUUAUAAUGAAUGUGAACUUUAAAUUAUAUCUGUCUGUUAGGUGACCUAAAAGUAUUGUAACCCUGACAUUUUAAUCCUUGUUCAGUUGCAAAUAGUCUUUCAUCUGCAUUCACUGUUGUCUCUCUGGGUAGUUUCUUAAAAGCAUAGUCUUACAAUAUCUGUUUAUUCCUUGUGGUUUUCCUGUACUUUAGCCCUUUGCUGCAUGCUGAACCGUUUUCUGUGGUUACUGUCUGUUUAUGAAAGUAGUUUUCUUUAAAGCAUACUUUUAACAGGACAAGGUGAAGAAUCUUGACAAGUUCACAGUAACUUACUAAAUCCAACCAGGUAAUCUUAAAAGUGACAGAAAAUUCUGCUGAAGCAGAAUUUGGAGAUGUACCCUUUCUUCCUUUGACAUAUUUGAAGAAAGUCACCAGCUUCUGAUGAUUCCAAGGUGGUGGAUUUCUAC